AUGAUGAAUGAGCGGGAGGCAUACUCCAUACAUACAAUAUGCCGCAUCUGCCUAAACCACUUGGAGAACGAUGCUGCAUACGGCCUAUUUGUGGUGCCAGGCCUGGCCAAGAAGCUAUGUGUAUGCACCUCUCUGUCAGUGGAACAACAGGACGGCUUUCCAACAAAUCUAUGCACCAGCUGCUACACCCGGCUUAAUGAUCUGCACGACUUUCAGAAAAUCUGUGUGGACUCAGUGCAGCGAUUUCAAGAAAUGGUUGCCAACAAAUAUGUAACUCGGUUGCAAACGCACGUUAACCCGAUUGAUAACUUUGAUAUAAUGAAUGUCGGUGGAGCGAAGGAUGCGGAAUUGGCAUGCGAAGAAGAGGAACGCAUAAAUUAUGAUCCUCUGCUAAAUCACAAAAUGGAGAUUAUUGAGAAUGAAGAGGAUGUGUUUAAAAUGCUGGAGCAUGUAGACAAAGAAGCUGAACUAGUGGAAAAGCAAGUAAAAGCGGACACCGACAACGAGGCUGGCAUAUUACAUAUAUUUGGCGAUGAAUCCUCUAUAGAAAGCUCAACUGAAGACGCUAAUGAUGUUGAUAAUGAACAUGAUAUAGACUUUGAUCCCAACAGCAGCGAUGACGACGAUGACAUGCCAUUGGCGCAACGCUUACGUGAAAAGAAGUGUACAGAUGAAAAGGAGCAGCAGGACUCAAACUCCGGGACAGAUGAAGAUACUGUCAAAUCAAAGACGAGACGAAAACGUAUUCCUGCCGCAGAGAAACAUCUCCAUCGCAUCAUCGACUGCCACAUUUGCCAUCAGAAGUUUAAGAAAGCUAUUCGUUAUGAGGAGCACAUGAAGCAUCAUAAUGAUCUGUUGCCUUUCCAAUGUAAAGUUGAAAGCUGUCGCAAGGGUUUUACGACGGCAGGUGGCCUUCGCCUACACGUAGAUCAUGCACACGCCGAACUCUCCGAGGUUCACGCCUGCAGCGUUGAGGGUUGUGGUAAGACGUUCCCGCGUAUACGUCUUUUAACGUUCCAUUUGAAAAAGGCACACAAUAUAACCAAGGCAGCGGCGCCGCCCAGGGAUUAUCCGUGCACAGAGUGUGAGAAAGUGUUCCGCUGUCCCAUGGCGCUGAAGAAACAUAUGUACAAGCACGAUGGUAAGGAGCUGCCCUUCCCGUGCAACAUAUGCGGCAAACGCUUUGUGAUCAACAGCGCGCUCAAGGAUCAUUUAAUGCGCCAUGCCGGUAUCAAGAACUAUGUGUGUCCCUAUUGUGGAGUGGGUAAGACCACGCGUCAAGAGUGGAACACACAUAUACUAACGCAUACGCAGGAGAAGAAGUUCAAGUGUCACAUCUGUGAACAUGCCUCUCACAAUAAACAGAGUCUGGCCAACCACAUCAAGAUUGUGCACGAGAAGAUUAAGAACUAUGCCUGCCAGUAUUGUGGCAAAACCUUUGGCAAAUCACACGCUUGCAAAAUACACGAGAUGACGCACACGGGCGAGAAGCGCUGCGAAUGCAAGGUCUGCGGGAAGAAAUUCCUGUAUCCCAAGAGUCUCACGAAGCAUCUAAAGACGCACGAGAAGCGCGUGCUACGCGCGAUUGAAACGUAUCGUCAGCGUCAAGUGGAAAUCGGUGAAGGUGCCUCUCCCUCGACUGGGGCUGAGUUACUGCCUGUAGCAGUGACAGUUGUAACCCCAGCUGUGGAAACUGCGGAGGGCAUUGUGUCUCAAAAUGCUGCCGAUGAAUUGCUCAAGGUAUGCGCUGAGUCGGUGGCCACCAUACCCAAAGAUCCACGACGUGUGCAGCGUGUAGAUAUAUCGCAGCUAGCGGGCACCGCUGUUAAUCCUAUACCUUCAGUGUCAGUGCCCUCGUGGUCGCCGCAGGUCAACUUUACCAAAAAGGAAGGUAAACACAUUUGUCCCGGCUGUGGUCAAGGGUUUAAUAAUAUUGGCAACAUGAAGCGUCAUUAUAAAAUCAUACACGAGAAGGUUAAGGAUUUCGCUUGUCGCUUCUGUCCCAAGCGAUUCGCUAAAGCGCAGACACUGCGACAUCACGAAUGGAUACACACGGGUGAGAAGCCGUUUGAAUGCAAAACGUGCGGUACACACUUUCGCCAAGAGACAGCGCUGAAGCGACAUCAGCGCACCCAUGAAAACCGUCCGCCUGUCAUCACAUCCAAGUUUUAUGCUGCGCGCGAAGAACUGGAGGAGCAGGAGCGCAGUAAACGCGAGGCCAGGCGCCAGGCCGAAGCGAAGCGUAAAGAAAUUGCCGAAGCGGCCAAGGAGCAGCUUUCAAAUCUGCAUAAAAUUGAGGCCACCGAUAAGAAUCUACAUUCAUAUGACGAGUACCAGGAGGCUGCCGCGGAGCGUGCAGCAGCGUCAGCCGAGCUCCAGGCACAACAGUUUGAGGAGAAUGAAGCUAAGCGCCGUGCAGACAUGGAACGUCUCAAAAUACAAGAGGCCGCCUAUGAACAGCUACAUAACUUGCAGCAGCAGCAGGAAAUUGGAAAGGUUCAAAGCUCCUAUGAUGGUUAUUAUGCGCAAAAGGCACAAGCCGAAGGCAGCAGCAUCGAUGAACUAAAGAUGGAUCAUGUAUAAAUAACUAGUUGAUAAAUUUUAAAAAUUCUAUCUGCUAGUUGGA